UAUUUGGGUUUUAGGGUUUCUUUCUUCGUCCGACAAACACUUCACUGUGCUUUGUCUCUUCGUCUCGCUGCUCUUUCUACUCUCAUCCCUAUCGCCAUGACUGCGCAGACCCAGGAAGAGCUUCUCGCUGCUCAGCUCGAGGAGCAGAAGAUUAAUCCUGACGAGCCUGUAGUUGAGGAUGACGACGAUGACGAUGAUGAUGAAGAAGAUGAUGACAAAGAUGACGAUGAUGCAGAAGGCCAUGGAGAGGCCAGUGGCAGGUCUAAGCAAAGCAGAAGCGAAAAGAAGAGUCGCAAGGCAAUGUUGAAACUUGGGAUGAAACCAAUCCCUGGCGUGAGCCGUGUCACAGUCAAGAAGAGCAAGAAUAUUCUUUUCGUCAUUUCGAAACCAGAUGUUUUCAAGAGUCCCACUUCUGAUACCUACAUUGUUUUUGGGGAAGCCAAGAUUGAAGAUUUGAGUUCCCAACUACAGACUCAAGCUGCAGAGCAGUUCAAGGCACCAAAUUUGAGUAACUUGACAUCAAAGCCUGAGCCAUCAGCCGUGGCUCAAGAGGACGAAGUAGUCGAUGAGAGCGGGGUUGAACCCAAGGACAUUGAACUGGUGAUGACUCAAGCUGGAGUAUCGAGACCAAGGGCCGUGAAAGCACUCAAAGCAGCUGAUGGUGAUAUUGUAUCUGCUAUAAUGGAACUUACAAAUUAACGAGUACAAGUAAGAUGUUUUUGUAUCAGAGUGUUGGUUCCUUCUUUACCCUUGUGUUUUACCUGCAGAAUUUGAUGUUAUAAGAUUUUGAAUGGUUCUGUAAACUUUCAUAUUAGUUUUUAUAUUACCUUGUGCUGAUUAUUAGCCACAAUUUUAAAGCCUGCUGGGAUUCUAA